AUGUCGACCCAAUCUCCUGCUCCUCCGACGCCGAAGCAAACCCGGGGCAACCGUCGCAACCAGAAGAGAAAUACCACCCCGUCCACACAAAAGGUUGCUCUGCUCUCGACGCCUCCCUCAUCUCCUCCGCGAAACCUGAGCCCUGGUGGAACAGCCACGGAUUCAUCGAACAAUCCCAACGCUUCCAAAAAGAAGGGCGUUCGCUCCAACAAGAAGCCGCGCGAGGCGCCGAAGGCUUCCCCCGCUCAGCGGAACGGCCAUCGCCACACGUCCUCGAACCCAAAUAACGCUGCGAUCCCUCAGAUGAACAGCCCGCAUUACGCCGGGCCCACUUUCCACGCUUCCCCAGCACCCUCUGCUCUUCCGAUCCCAAGCUUCUUCUCCAAGUCCAUGCCCGAUUCUGAGGCUGCGCCGGUGCUAGAAUCAGAAGGGGAUAAUUUUGAUGGCGAUCCUGAGCUUGAAACGACCCCUUCGAAGCCGAGGCAGCGCCCUCACUAUGAGCCCGAGGGGCCGAAGUCCACUCCUCUCGAUUUCCUUUUUAAAGCGGCUGUCGAGGCAAGGAAUUCACAGCCACAACGGAGCCCCGAACCGAACAUCCGUACCCGCUCUCCACACACAGAUUCCAAAGCUCUGCCACAGCGGACGUCUGUCCGUCCUCCAAAUGGCAUGUUCCCUUUCGAAAUGGAGACGCCCGAGACUCGCAACUCGCAGAUCGGGCCGUCCUUCGCGCCGUCCUACAAGGAUCGCAUGAAUGCUUUGCGUUCCUCCAAUUCUCCCUCUCCGCAAGCAGCGGAACUUGAUGAAAACCAACGACGGAUGAAGACGGAGGCCUUGAAGAGCUUACUGCUCAACCCUCGACCUCAAAGACCCUCGGCGUCAACUUUGAACGGGACCCAGUCCGUUGACCGGUCGAACAGUAGCCCCAAUGUGCCUCAUUUUGCAACGCCGUUCAGGGCGACUACUGGACCACCACCUCCGUCUUCCCGCAUGCCGUUAGAACAUUAUCACGCAAAUGGACAUCGUUCGCAAUACCCCCAGCAAACAUCACCUUAUAAUUCACCGAUGGGGAAGGAUGUGCGGCCAAAUCCGGUAAACGGCCCCUACUCCACCCAGGGCGGGUAUGACCAGGCGAAGUUUGCGAAUCAUCACCCCCAACGCCCCAUGCAUUCGCCUGCUCGCCACCCGUCACCUCCGUCCCGAAACGUGUCGGGCAGCCCGUCCACCAAGGGUCUCGAUACGAAGAAGAUGGAGGACGAUUUACGAAGAAUUUUGAAGCUUGAUGUGAAUCCGGGAUUCCCCUCAAGCAGCAUCCAGAGCUCGUACGCCUGA